AAAUGUGUACAUUGGGCACGUCUGAAUACGACGACGACACUUUUCAAAUAGAAGAAAUAAGCAAAAAUGCAAAAGUAGCAUCUUGUGUUACCGACUCCACACGCACAUCUAAUACUAAUCCCUUGUGCAAAAAAUGUCGAUAUCAACAAGUUCAACUUGUUUUGAGAAAUAAAAAUCAGUAUUGCAGAAUGUGCUUUUUAACUAUGUUGAUGCAUAAGUUCAAGGCGACUCUCGGUAAAUCCAAGUUAGUGCGACCAAAUGACUCGAUACUUAUUGCCCAUUCGGGGAAAGCAAAUUCAACUGCACUUGUUCAUCUUGUUUCAAGUGAUGCAUACGAAUCAAUUUCCAAGAAACUUCGAUUACAGUGUAAAGUUCUUUACAUAGAUGAUGGUAUGGUGAAAGGACAUACUGUAGAAGAAAGGGAAUUCGUUAGAAAUGCGUUAGCCAAAGAAGCUGAACGUCUACGUUCGACAAUGUAUGUUGUACCUUUGACAAAAUGUUUAACCGAUGUUAUAUAUGAAGAUAUACAGUCUGUAAGUGUACCACAAAUGAGCAUCGCUAUUGAGGAUACUGUACUGGCUGAAACUUUUGAUACCUUGGAAAAUGAUACAGCAAAGGAUGAAUUAUUGAGGCAAUUAAAACGUAAACUACUUGUAUCUGCAGCUCGUAAGCUUAAUUGCAAUAAAGUUUUCAUUGCCGAUACAUCUGUUGAUCUUGCUAUAAAAGUUCUUGGAGAUGUGUCAACUGGAAGAGGUUCUCAAUUGCCAUUUAAUGUUGCUUUCUCCGAUGUACGACACGCAGAUGUGAUGCUACUCAGACCACUCAGAGAUUUUACAGGAGAUGAAGUAAUCGCAUACCUCGAUUCUUUUAAACUCUGUCCCGUUCUUAAUUCUCAAAAAUCCAACUUUUCUUUUCCCCUUUCCAUACGAAAUAUCGCAAGAGGUUUUGUUCAUCAAUUAGACUCGGAAUUUUAUGGCACUGUGUCUACGAUAUAUCGUACUAGUGAAAAAUUGGCAACAAAGAUCGAUGAACUCAAUAGUGUAAACAUUAAUAUGGGUAUCGAUGCUAGUACCGAUGCCAAUACCGAUGCUGAUACUAACGUUAAUAACAUUUGUAUACUCUGUGAAUUAAAUUUAGAAUCACGUUUACCAUCGGAAGAACAGCUUUCAAUGGUGCAGGCAAAAUUGUUUUCUAAAUUCAUUUCUACAAUUACAGUUCCUUCGUCAGAUGCAAUUCUAGAUUCUUUGAACAUUUGUGAACAGACGGACAGUGCACAAAUUAAAACUAGAAAUACACUAAAGAGGAAAACGUGUCAGUGUCAUAGUAUUGCUUGUGAUUCCCCUAAGGAGCAAUCAAAAAUUGAAAAAUACCUUUGUUAUAGUUGCAGGCUAAUUUUCUUGGAUUCAAAACAAAUGUGCACCACCUUACCUAAUUUUAUUCUUACCGCGAUCGAGAAAAAACUACAAAUUGCAUGUUUACGAAAAGAGAUAAAAGAUUUUUUAUUGUAA